AUGUUUUGCCCGAGUAACGAAACGCUCCAGAGCAUCACGGAAAAGACGAAGCUGCUGGCGCACAAAUGCACCCAGCAGAUUCGCAACAGCUCGGUUGCACCCAGCAACGAUGGAGGACUACCACCAGCAACAGCUGUAGCUGGAACACCAGCAGUAGUAGCAGCAGCAGCAGCAGGAGCAACUCCUCAACAACCCUCAGAAGUGGUCACUUCAGCAUCCAAAGAUGGCGCUGGUUCGAAGGAUGAACGGCCUGGGGCGUUGCGAUGCUUCUGUCCCUGUAAAGGCACGUUCAGUAAGAUCAUGGGCCGGAAGUACUCAGCAAAGGAGGGCCAAAGCCAACGUACCACCAAGUGGUAUGUCAAGCAGCCCACCUGGCGGUUAUGGGGCGAAGAACGCGAGGAGAACGCCAUCUACACGGUCUACCUUAAGAAGGUCCGCUACCACCGGCCAACACCCAGUGCCAGCAGCCAAGAUUCCGAUGACGAAAUAUCGCACCUGGAGUGGGAAACCGUGCGCGUGCGGUUCGUCAAAGCAGCCACCCUGUCCCGGCUGGUCGAUGCCCUCGCGACCGACGACGGUGAGCUCGAGAGCACGUUCGUGAACGUGUUCCUGAACACCUACCGCACGUUCGCGCAACCGGAGAAGGUCCUGGAGCUGCUGCUCGACCGGUACGAGAAGCUGCACGCCGAACCGGCCCUGCUGCAACCGGAGUCCUUGUCCGACCAGCACAAGAAAACUCUAGUCUCCGUUCUUCACGUGUGGCUCGAUGGGUUUCCCGAGGAUUGGGACACGGACAAUCUGCAACGGUUGCUAGCAUUCACCUCAAAGCGUCUGCCAAAAUCGGAAAUACACAUUAAAGCUUUAAAUAGGUUUACGCAUAGAUUAGACAAGUACAGUAGGAUACCACCACCGCUGCCAUGGUCCAACGAUUAUCACGAUUUCGCCGACCAGUUCGGUGGCCUCUGCCUAACGCCCGCCUUCCGGGGGCCACCGUCCCACCUGCUAAACUCGUACCGCUUUCCCAACAUCCCGGUGAAGCACUUUGCCGAGCAGCUAACCCGCAUGGACAUGGAGCUGUUCAAGCGAUUAAUACCGCACCAGUGUCUCGGUGCGAUCUGGUCGAACCGGGACAAGCACGAAUGCAGCUCGGUACUCGCAACCGUCACGCAGUUCAACGCCGUGUCCUUCCGCGUGAUCUCGAGCGUACUGAUCGAGCCACGGCUGAAGCCCCAGGAGCGGGCUCUUCUCAUCUCGACCUGGAUCGAUAUUGCGCAGGAGCUGCGAUUGCUGAAAAACUUUUCCUCGCUCAAAGCGAUCAUCUCUGGGCUGCAAUCGAACGCGGUCUAUCGGCUGUCGAAGACGUGGGCUGUACUACCCCGUGAUAAGUUGGAACUGUACAAUGAGUUGGCGCGGAUAUUCUCCGAGGAUAACAACGCGUGGGCUCAACGUGAGGUGCUGAUGCGUGAGGGAACGGCCAAAUUCGCGGACACGGUCGGUGAAAAUGAUCGACAUCUGCAGAAGGUGUUCCAGAAGCAGAACACACUGAUCAGUCACGGUACGAUACCGUACCUCGGGACGUUCCUGACCGAUCUUACGAUGAUCCACGCGGCCAUCCCAGACACGCUGCAGGACGGGUUGAUCAACUUCGACAAACGGCGUAAGGAGUUUGAGGUGCUCGCUCAGAUCAAGCUGCUACAAGGUGCGGCUAACACGUACCACCUGCCAGACGAUCCGUUGUUUGAUCGAUGGUUCGCCUCACUACUGGUGCUAGACGAACGGGAAGCUCACACGCUCAGUUGUUCGCUGGAACCGGCACCCGAAAUGACGAAGCGACCACCAGCACAGCAUCCCGGUGGUGGUGUAGGAGCUGGUGGAACAGGAGGUGGUGGUACACCCGGACACAAGAAGAGCGACUCGAUAGCUUCAAACUCGAGCAGCGGAGCAGGUUCUCAGUUCUACUGUGAUAUUAACAGCACGUCUAACGCGAGCUACGGAUCGCGAAAUAAUUCACUCGAUCGAGAUGCAACUCCACCGAACGCGUCACUCCUGUCAGCCGCCAGCAGCGUGUCAUCGCUCUCGAUGGACUCGACCACCUCCGGUAGCCAACGAUCGAACCAAAACGGAGGUGUUGGCAACGUGCGAACUCCUCAGUCAAACCGAUCGCAACACAACGGAACUGUCGCGAGCCGUAGUGCGAAUGGUGGAGGCAAGGAUCACCACGAUGCGCCCAUCAUUAACGGGCAGCUGGUGCAGAACUCACCGCUCAAGAGCAGCUCGCCCGAUUUCUACAUCAUCAAGGUGACGUACGAGACGGAGCAGGUCGAGCUGGAUGGGAUCGUGCUGUACAAAAGCAUCAUGCUGGCGAACAACGAGCGAACGCCCCAGGUCAUCCGGAACGCGAUGCUUAAGCUCGGGCUCGAAGGCGACCCAGAUCGGUACACGCUGGCGCAGGUCCUUCCCGACAAGGAGCUGCUUCUGCCGAACAACGCGAACGUGUACUACGCGGUUAACACGGCGUACAAUUUGAAUUUCAUUCUUCGGCCGAAAAAGGACACGCCAGGUAGCGGGUCCUCGGUACCGAAUGCGGCUGGCGGUCGUCCUUAAAACCAGCCCAGGGGACACGGAAUCUCACCGCAGACACGAGGACGAAGACGGUGUACAUUUAUUUUAAGCCUAGUGAAUAUCACCCGACCGAUUGACGAUUUUGUUGCUUGUUUUUAACCCAACGAUACCAUUCUAUAUCGCGUACCAUCCUUACACAGUGUAGCGUAGUUGGCGGCAGUGCGGUUAUUUUAUGCUUAGGUUCUUUAAGACAACUAGGAACGCGAACGCGUCGCUAUGGCGAAACAGCUUGUAAAGCUCGCAGCGCAGGCCCCAAAGGGAGAACAGAAAGAAACAAUGAGCAGUGCACGACGGUAUUACCCGGUAGACGGAGCCAACCCAGGCCCAACCAUACGUUUUUUUUUUGUCAGGACACAACUAACAAGACUAGAAUGGAGGAUAUAUAGGAACACAGAGAGAGAGAGAGAGAAAUCGACACGGAUUUUGGAAGCGUUUUUGUUUGGCGUUCUCGUUUUUUGCGUGACGUGAACGAAUUUCGAGAAUGUCCCCGUGGACUACGAACGGGGACCGUUUACAAUGUGAAACUGUGUGCAGGGUACUUCUACUUCUGAAUCUAUACAGCAGAAAGUGAAAUCGCAAAUGAGCAGAGGCAUGAGGGUUUUUUUAGUCCUACCGGCGCACGUAUGAGUAUUUUACUAGGAUAUUAAU